AUGCUACCAACCGCGUCACGGGUUCUGCACCGCAGGUACCGUGCAUCUGUCCUCCCGCCUGAACAGGCCGAGGUGCAUCAUGUGCAACCGCUCGGCUGGCAGGAAGAUCCACAGGUGGAAACCUGGAAGCUUGCCGAUCUGGAGUACACAGUGCCGCCGGUGUUUCUACGGCAAAUGCUUGUCUUCAAGACCAACAAGAACGACGACCCAGGCAAAACCACGGAGAGGCUCAUCAAGGCUCUGGGAAUCACUCUGAGCCAGUGCCGCACCCUGACGGGCGUGUUCGAGAAAGAGGCUGGCGAGGUCAAGAUCGUCAGGGCCCGGGGAGCCACGGUCCCUUUUGUUGUGCAACACGACCACUCAGUCUCCCUCCAAGAUCUUCAGUCAAACGGUUUUCCGGAAUCGAUCGUGGGCAGUCAUGCGCAUGAAGACCACGAGAAAGCCAGCAGGGCCGGUAUCUCAUCAAUCACAGAUGGCCAGCCACUGUGCAAGGUCCAGGCCACGUGGAUUCCAGGCGGUUUGGUACUGACUGCCGGAUUCCACCACUACUGCACAGACGGUGCAGGUUUCUGGGCAUUUCUCAGACAGUGGGCGAGCAACUCGUCAGCCCUCAAGAGAAACGCGGAGCUACCUCCAUGGGACCCAGCCUGCCUCGGCCGUCAGCGCCUCAACGGCCGCCUCGUCCCACCAGAGGAGCGCACCGAUCCGCCACCCGAGCCCGAAUCAGCGGCUCCGGCGGUCACGGCUGACCACCAGUGCCGCCUGGUGGUCCUGCACCUCCACAACGCCAACGUCGGCAGGCUCAAGGCCGCCGCAAGCACCCCGGGGCAAGCAGUAUCCGCGUACGACGCCGUGACCGCCCUGCUCUGGCAGGCCCACACCCGCGCCCGGCUCUCCAUCUACGACCCGCGGCCGGACGAGGUCACCUUCCUGGGGCAGGCCGUCGACCUGCGGCCCCGGUUCACCCCGCCGCUGCAGCCCCAGCUCCAGGCCAACGCCAUGCUGGGCGUGCUGACGCCCUUCAUCCCCGUGCGCGACGCCGUCGCCGGCGGGAGCGGCCUCGCCUCGCUGGCGUCUCUCGUCCGCCGGGCGCACAUGGGCGCGACCGAGGACACGGCGCGGGAGAGGGCCGGCGCGGUCGCUGCGCUGCGGGACAAGACGCUGGCGGCGUGGAAAGGGGGAAGGGCGCCGAGGUUUGGCAUGGCCAUGAGCGAUUGGAGGCGGGGAGGGAUCUACGAGGCCGACUUUGGCUGCGGCAAGCCGCUUGCCGUCCGGGCCAUGUACCAACCGGGCCACCCUUGCACGAUCACAGACCUGCCAACCGGAGAGGAGGGUGGGAGGGCGCCCGGCGUGGAGGUGCAGAUUCCGGUCGAGGUUGCGUGCCUGGAUCGGUUUGUGAAAGACGCUGAGCUGCUGCAGUAUGCUACUGUAGUCAGUGUGUAG